ACGAAGCUCCCCACCAUUUGCGUCCGGACUGAGGACAGUCAGCCUCUCCCUCAUUGCUUAUUCACGCCUCCGGAAUGGCUGCUUCCUUUGCUCGCCUGGCGGGCAAUGCCCCCAAAAAGCUUUGCCUCCGCCCCUCCGGCUUUGCUCGCAGCACCCUUGUUCCCAGAUCACGGUCGAUUGCGACGUCAGUGUCCCGUCGAGCGACCGAGCCUACCAGCUACCAGGCUACACGCUUGAUCCCCACGGACCCGACUUUCUCACAUUUCAUAAACAAGGACUCUGACGUACCCGAGACUUCCGCGGGUCUGGAGUCCGAAGCUGAGGGCGUCGGCCGCAAAAUUCGCCAUUAUACCGUCAACUUUGGUCCUCAACACCCUGCUGCCCACGGUGUGCUUAGAUUGAUUCUGGAAAUCAAUGGCGAGGAAAUCGUCCGCGCGGAUCCCCACGUUGGAUUGCUCCACCGUGGUACGGAGAAGCUGAUUGAGUACAAGUCAUAUUUCCAGGCGUUGCCCUACUUUGAUCGUUUGGAUUAUGUGUCUAUGAUGACAAACGAGCAAUGUUACUCGCUGGCUGUCGAGAAGCUGCUGAACAUUGAGAUUCCCGAGCGGGCCAAGUACAUCCGAACUAUGUUUGGAGAGAUUACCCGAAUCCUGAAUCACCUCAUGUCUGUCCUUUCACACGCUAUGGACGUUGGUGCUUUGACGCCAUUCCUGUGGGGGUUUGAAGAACGUGAAAAGCUUAUGGAAUUUUACGAGCGAGUAUCUGGUGCCCGUCUCCACGCCGCCUACGUCCGACCCGGUGGUGUCUCCCAGGAUCUCCCUCUUGGCCUCCUGGAUGAUAUCUACCAGUGGGCUACUCAGUUUGGUGACCGCAUCGACGAAACCGAAGAACUGCUCACGGACAACCGUAUCUGGAAGGCUAGAACCCAGGGCGUUGGUGUUGUCAGCGCCGCCGAUGCGCUUAACAUGAGCUUCACUGGUGUUAUGCUCCGCGGCUCUGGUGUUCCCUGGGAUAUCCGUAAGUCCCAGCCCUACGAUGCCUACGACAAGGUCGAGUUCGAUGUCCCUGUCGGUGUCAACGGCGACUGCUAUGACCGCUACCUCUGCCGCAUGGAGGAGUUUCGCCAGUCCCUCCGCAUCAUUCACCAGUGCUUGAAUCAGAUGCCUGCCGGCCCCGUCCGCGUCGAGGACUACAAGAUCAUGCCCCCUCCUCGUGCUGCUAUGAAGGAAAACAUGGAGGCCCUUAUCCACCACUUCCUUCUCUACACCAAGGGUUACGCCGUUCCUCCUGGUGAGACUUACUCCGCCAUCGAGGCUCCUAAGGGUGAGAUGGGAGUUUUCUUGGUCAGUGACGGUAGCGAGCGGCCAUACCGGUGCAAGAUCCGCGCUCCUGGUUUCGCUCACUUGGGUGGUUUUGACCAGAUUGCUCGUGGCCAUCUUCUUGCGGACGCUGUCGCUAUCAUUGGUACCAUGGAUCUCGUUUUCGGAGAAGUCGACCGGUAAUGUCAUACAUGGAUAGUUUUUUCUAUCUUCUGUACAAAAUACAAAUUUCCCAUAAACAAUGAAUCAAAAGGUCUGAACUCCAUUGAUUGUCCGCCACUGAACUGGUGGACCUUAAGCGGAAAGAUUCGUGGGAUUACGAUAGAUGUGGAAGAUCCAGCACCGUCUGUACCAACUCAUUCUAUGGCGUUGAUUAUCAUUAACUUUUUUUUCCUUUGUCCCGUCCGUCUCGCGAUUUACAUUUCUAUCUACCUCUACCUUCUGGCUUUUCCCUGUCAAUCUGUGUAUAGUGAACACCGACUGAAUAUCGGAUUGGAUAUCUCUAGUAAAGGGAGCUGUAACCGUAUGCUCAUAUAAAAGUGCCUGCCGAACCAGAAGGGACAUGAACACCCUACUUCACCAACCAAUCCCAGCUGCUCAUUUAGUACAAUGCCCGAACGAGACCAACAAGGAGCAGAGAAACAGACUGAACAAAGAGAUGUUAUCAUGAUAUUGUGCGCCUGAAUAUAUGCAGAGAGACCAUCGCAACAAUGCCCAAACUAUUACGGAACCGAAUACUCCCAAGGCCUAUUUUUUUAUCUUCAGGCCCUAAACAUUAUCGUCAUCGUACAUGAAAUUGAUAUCCCUCGGGCGACGCCGAUUGUAAGAGACAAAUUCGCUAUCGCCAGGCGGUCUCUCAUUGCGUGUGUUCGCCGUUAGCAUACUCUGUAUGCUCAUGCAGACGCUCUCGACCGUCUGAACAGGUGACCACCCCGCUGAACUCAGCAGAUCGAGACAUAUAAUGCCGUUGCUGUAGAUGUGCGGAUGGAUUGGAAUGGGCCGCUUGACGGCAGCGGUUGAUGUUUGAUGCUCGGCAUUCGAUGGUUGGUGUUCACCUGCUGUCGACGAUGGAGCGGAGGAACGAGUGAAUUGCGGCUGAGAUUGGGAGUCUGUAAUGAACUGGACUUCUGGAGGUU